GAGAGUGCAACAUCCGAAUGUACACUCAAUAUGAAACAGUAAUUUAUUCGAUUCUAUCCACCAUUGUGUCAAUCGCGUGCAUUUUGGGCAACUUGCUGGUAUUGGUAGCCUUUGUUUUGGAUCGUGGAGUACGCUCAUCCAACAACUACUUUAUCAUAUCGCUUGCCUUCACCGAUAUUCUCAUUGGACUGAUAUCAAUUAAUUUUUUUAUGCUUUACCUCAUGUUGGGGUAUUGGCCUUUGGGAAAUAUCGUCUGUGAAUGCUGGAUGGCAAUGGAUUUUACUCUAUGUUUUAUCAGCCAGGUCACAGUGUUUAUGAUUACGAUUGACCGGUAUUUGUCCGUAACACACGCCCUUCGUUAUCGGAACUGGAGGACAGACAACAAGCUGAAGGUGAUGCUUGCACUGAGUUGGAUUCUUCCGACAGCACUCUGGUCGACAGUGAUUUUUGGAUGGUACCAUUUCACGGACCAAGAACGACCUCCGCCAACAGACUGCAGUGUUCCCUUCACACAUUUCACACUUUUCAACACCCUUCUUACUGUCGGCUAUUUCUGGAUACCACUGGUCUUUAUUACCUCGUUGUACGUUCGCAUUUAUAAUGUGGCGGUCCGUCUGCAGCGCAAAGCGACGACUACGGAGAUGGGCUUGGCUGAGCUCAUGAUGAUGGCGGGAACAACAAUGUCGAAGAUAGGACUAGGAAUGGAGGCGGCUCGUUCUCCGCCUGCACCAAAAGAGCCUAAGCCUGAAAGCGAACCAGUUAAUAGUUCACCCCAAACUCAUUCCACUUUUGAAAAAUUGGCAAAAGAUUCGGAGUCUAGAAACGUUUGUAUCUCACAAAUUAGUCGUGGACCACCAGAUUCGGAUUGCAAAAAACUGCGUAAUGCACGUUCUCCAAAAAAGGAAGAGGAUGCUCCUUAUCCAAAACCAAACCAGGAAACGACGUCAACAAAAGCCUCCUCGAAAUCAUGGCGUACGGUUAUUAAUGUCCAAACUUUGGCUGCCAGAAUAUUUACCAAACAAGUAAACCAGUUUCACUGGUCGGCGGCCCUAUCGAAAGAUCGAUCAACUGAAACAGUAUGCGGCCUGGAAAAUUCUGCCGCCGGUAAACGUUUGUCGAGGGUCGCUGAGCCAAAAUCUCAGGAUUCCUCCGGUUCAAAGUCAGAAGUUACCACUUUUAAACGGUCUGCAGGAGCUAAGGUGCCGAUGACCCUGCGCGAAAGUUUAUUUCGUCUGCAGUCAACUAGGGAUGAAGAAAAACAAAAACUGGAAAACGUAAAAAGAAAACGGGCACGAAAAUCUCUCAAAAUGAUAAGUUUUAUUCUCGGAGCCUAUGUUGUUUGUUGGAUACCAUAUCAUGUUGUUGUUCUUAUCAAGGGAGUUUGUGACAGACCUAAUGAGUCAUACUCCUGUGUCGAUGUCAACCUCUAUAAUUUUGCAUACUUUAUGUGUUACAUGAACUCCCCCAUAAACCCUUUUUGUUAUGCAUUUGCAAAUGUUGCAUUUAAGCAAGCAUUUAUUAGAAUUUUGAAGGGUGAUUUUAAAAGGUAUUAA